AUGGCACCGAAAAAUAUUGCAGCUAAUGAGGUCAACGACGAACUUAAGAAUGAUAUCAAUAAUUUGAAAACCUCGUCUUUGAAUAGCAACUUUGUGCUUCCAAAUAUCUCAACUGAGCAAAUAUUGCAAACUACUAAUGAAUAUUUCGAAAAAAAGGAAAAAGAACCAUGUUUAGUUGGCAUAAACAUCUCGGAGAAAUCUACGGAUGAUGAGACUGCCACUGCCGAUAGGCUUUUAGCAUAUGAAGAAUUUAAUGAAGAGAGAACUAUUCCUAGACAAACAGUUGCGAAAAGAAUGUUACUUGCGAUAUCAGAAUCUCAUUCUGAAGAAAUAUGUUGUCAGAAAUCUUUAAACAGUGGAACUCAGGCAACCUCGCCAAUGGUUUGCAACGACAAUUUUUCGAUUCCAACUUUCUCUCAUCAAUCUGGAAGAGCCUAG